CUCGGAAGUGAUCCUGUCGGUGUUAGUAUGUGAAGCAGACUCCUGGCGUGAAGCUUGCGAGGACAAGUUGCAGGACGCGGACUCGGUGCCGCAGAUACAGUUAGCCAAUGAGAACAGUUGCUGUCCUUGGAGGAGGGAUCGGGGGUUUGGCUGCGUCCUACUACCUGUGCAAGAACCCCCAGGUUACCAAGGUCGUUGUUUUAGAGUCGAGCAGUCGUUUUGGAGGUUGGCUGUGGUCCACCAGGAGAUCCGACGGGGCGGUGUUUGAACAUGGACCCAGGGGGAUUCGACCUGUGGGGGCAGUGGGAUCCAACACACUCAAUAUGGUGGAUGCUGUGGGUCUUGGAGGGGAGAUUCUGCCAGUCACCUACAGCCACGUUGCCUCCAAGAACCGAUACCUGUAUGUGAACGGGCAGCUCCACAGGAUGCCUUCAGGACUCAGCGGACUUGUGCGGACCGUCCCGCCCUUCUCUCGGCCGCUCCUGCUGAGCAUUGCUGCCGAGAUGCUGGUGAAUAAAAGCACGGUGGAAGAUGAGUCGGUCCAUUCAUUUGUUUCUAGGAGGCUAGGAAAGGAGUUAGCAGAUAUAGCUGUGGACAGUUUGUGUCGUGGUGUGUUUGCGGGGGACUGCAGGAAGUUGAGUGUGCGUUCUUGCUUCCCUUUCCUGUACGAUGCGGAGCAGCGCAGAGGAUCCAUCGUGCUGGGAAUGCUGCUGGGCUCAGGUCAGACUCAUGCGAUUAACCCUGGACCUCUGGCUACGAGAUCUAUCAAAGAGUCGUGGGCCCAGUGGUCCUUGAAGAGGGGGGUGGAAUCGCUUCCAGAAGCCAUCACUGAGUACCUACAACAGAGUGGGAGAGUGCACCUUCACAAAGACGCCCCCGUGAAACAGAUUAACCCUUCAGCCUCUGGUUGGAAGGUCCAUUUGGAGGAUGGAGUCAUAUCAGCUGACCACAUCAUCUCUGCCCUGCCUGCUAAAGCCCUUUCCUCGGUCCUCCCCUCUUCCUGUCUACCUCUUAUCCAGCAGCUGCAGGACAUCUGCUCAGCAACAGUUGCUGUGGUAAAUCUGGAGUAUGACGGUUCCAUCCUGCCUGUAAUGGGUUUUGGUCACCUUGUUCCUUCGUCAGAGGAUCGGGCUUUGCUCGGGGUGGUCUAUGACUCUGUUUUCUUCCCUCAACACAACAGACCAAAGGGACAGACUACGAGACUGACGGUGAUGAUGGGUGGAGCGUGGUUUCAGGAGGAGUUUGGGCUCCCAGAAGCAGCAACAGAGCAGAAGCUCUUAUCAAGAGCCACUGAGGCAGUUAACCUGCACCUAGGAGUCAGUGCAGUACCCAGCUGGAGUCGAGUGAUCCUACACAGGGACUGCAUACCUCAGUAUUAUGAAGGACACUUUCGCAGAGUCGAGUUCAUGCAUGGCUUUGUAAAGAACAACAAUCUGUCCCUGUCUUUGAUUGGCUCCUCCUACAAUGGUGUGUCAGUGAAUGAUGUCAUCUUCAGUGGACGGACGGCUGUGGAGGAGUUGUUGGGAACUGUAGUGUGAUGAAGUUGUCAGUAUGCAUUACUGGAGUGACAGCGCAGCACAUGGACAUGAACAUCUUUUAUCUUCCACCUGUAAUGCCUUAUCUGCAAACACACAGCUCAGGUUGUUGGUUGUUGUGAGGAAAGUGUGGUCACAGAUCACAGCUACCGUGGUUUGAAGUCAUGAUGUACCCUCAACACUGCUCAGUAUAUAAGCUGUUUUUUGUGUGUACGUCUGCAUUUUCCUCUCUGUAAUUUAACAGGUUGUGUUAAUAAAUGCACUGUCCUGAUGUGUCAUU